AUGACUAAUCAAACUGUCGAAAAUUGUCAAUUUCUUAAUGAUAGUACAAAUGCUGAAACAUUGAAAUCCAAUGAUACAAUUGGGUUUCAUGUUGAAUCAGAAAUGGACAUGAAACGUAGCGAACAGCUAACUGUAACCACGGAUGCCUUAAAUCCUAUAGAUAAUAGUGAAACCCCUCCUAAGAAUAAUAAAUUAUCGGAUUUGCUGCAAUCUCAGGAUGUUCUGGUGGAGACUUCAUUGCAAAAUAGACAUUCCACGUUGCCCAACGAUGAAGUUAAUGAAUUAUCAGUCGUAGAAGACCAUAUUAUUACUGAAACCGAAGCUAAGCCUGACAUAGAAAGUCCUAACAGUGACAAGGAAGUUGAUAAUUAUAGUACACAUAAUAAUGACUUUGGUAAUGCAGCAGCAACGAGCACUGAUGGUAGUAGCAUUGAUAAGGAUAAUGAGAAAACCAGAAGUCAUUCUUUAUCAGCUAGUGAAAAUAUACCUGAAAACAUCUUGGCUUUCGAUUUCGAAAUAAACAUUACCCCUAGUAUUGAACUAGAAUUAACGUUAAAUACGAUUGAUGACGAAAUCGAAAGUCUCUGUAAGAUGUACAAGGUACCGUAUUUCGAAAAUACCAUGUUCGUAAAUUUUCAGUACCUGUUGCUGACCGAUGCAACAAUUUACAUGCUUUAUCAAGAUUCAGGCAGUUAUAUGAAGAAGUUGUCCUUCGAACUUGAUGCUAUUGACCAUUUUGUGGGUGAUAGACAUCCGAAAGCUAUUCUUGAUUUAAAGGAAUGUGCAGAGUGCAAUUUGAUACCAGAUAGCGAAAAGCCAUUUGCUUUUAAGAUUAAAAUGAAAGAUGGCAGCACUUCGUUCGCUCUUGCAGCUCAAGAUGGAGAGUCUUUAAGAAUAUGGUUAACGUUGCUGUAUGAAAAUAUUCUAACUCAAAAUGUGUGGGAUAGAAAGAAUAAUGCUGUAUGUCCGGGUCCGGGAUUUGUUCUUGGGUCUUUGAUUAUCACGAAGACAAAUGUAUAUAUUUGUACGACUAAUACAGAAAGUGAGAUUCUAAAGAUGAUAUCAUCAUGUCCGAUUGAGAGUAUAAUUUCCGUGUCUAAAGAUAAAGAUGGGCGAAUACCGUAUUGUUGCAGUUUGGAGUACAUUAUCGUGGAAAGUGAUGAAAGUCAUAGUAUUCCGUUGUGCUUUGCGACUAGUUUUGAUUGUGAAAAAUUUAUAGCUAGUAUUACAAAAGAAUGGCGUAAUUUAUUCAAGGUUGAUUUAUCAGUUGGAGAAUGUGAGGAAUAUAUUAUCGACACUUUUAACGAAUAUGUGGAAAUAUUUGGUGAAAGCAAAUAA